AUGUCUAGUAGAAAGAACCAAUAUAUUUCGUGUUUUGAAAACUUGAAGGUACUUAAGCUUCCUUACGAGCAAGGCGGGGACAAGAGGCAGUUCUCCAUGUACAUACUUCUUCCAAAAGCACAAGAUGGCCUUUGGAGCUUGGCAGAAAAGUUGACCUCUGAGCCAGAGUUUCUGGAGAAGCAUAUCCCUGCUCGAGCGGUUCCAGUCGGGCAAUUCAAGAUCCCUAAGUUCAAGAUAUCAUUUGAUUUUGAAGCGUCCAAAUUGUUCAAGAGUUUGGGCCUCCAACUCCCAUUCAGCACAGAAGCAGAUCUUUCGGAAAUGGUCGAUGCCCCAUUAGGACAGAGUUUGUGUGUCUCAUCUAUAUUCCACAAAUCUUUCGUAGAAGUGAAUGAAGAAGGAACUGAGGCUGCCGCAACAACUGUUGCGGUAGUCAUGUGUAAAUCGCUUCCACCAGUUCCUCCCAUGAAGGUGGAUUUUGUCGCGGAUCACCCUUUCCUCUUCGUGAUACGAGAAGACAUGACCGGUGUGGUGCUAUUCGUCGGUCAUGUGAUCAAUCCUCUGCUUGCAGCUUAG